GGGGAUCAUAGGUUCCUUCGUGAGAUUGAGAAUAAUUUCUAAUAGCCCUUCCCUUCAUUUGGAGACACAUUAUUGUUCUUUCUUCCUACAAGCCUUUUUCCCUAUCCAACUCUUUUCUCUCAUCAAACCAAAAGCACCCUUAAUUCAUUCACUUUGUGAUAUGUCUCGCAAGAGGCUAGGAAAAAAGCUUCAACCUGCCAAGAAGGCAUGGAAGAGCUUCUCCAACACAGUCCAACACAAACUCCACAAACUCAACAUCCCCAAGUCCAUGAAAACCACCCUUCAACGCCUCCUCUCAGCCUUUCACUCCCUUGGCCAUCUCAUACACUCUAGACUUCAUCGCUCACUCACCACUAUAAGGCCACGUGGUGCCACUUCUAAUUACUACCAUGCUCAAUACAAGCACUGUGCAGCCAUACACAUAUAUGACCUCUUUGACCACAAGGCUAAUUCUGUGUCCAUGCAUGCCACCAACAAGGCAAGUGCUCGUGCAACACAAGUGCAAGGGGAAACAAGCAAAGGCAAAGAGAAAGAAGAGCAUGGUAUUUACAAGGGUAAUAAUUUUGUUGGUGAGUGUCGCAACCAGCAGGGUCACGGCGGUGAGAGUAGUAGUAGUGGCUUGAACACCAUAGAGGAUGCAUGGAAGGUUGUGGUUGCCAAGUCUCCACAACUACACGUGGAUCAAAAGGCAGAAGAAUUCAUAAGCAAGUUUCGUGAAGAUAUGAGGCUUCAGAAAGAGAGGUCAAUGCUUGAAUUUCAGGAGAUGCUAGCACGCAGUACCUGAUUUUUUUUUUUUAUCUCAAGGACUAUUCAUUUUCUAAUUUGACAUAUGGAGUGCACAUUAAAGUGAUAUAUACAUAUGGGGCAUGAUGGUUUGAUAUAUAUAUUUUUUUCAUUUUCAUUUUGGAUUCUAUUGAAAUUAAAACAAAGUCAGCACAUAUUUGUUUAAGUAUUGUGAGUGUGAAGAUGUAUAGGAAAUUAGGCUUUUGCAUUGAGAGGGAUUCUUGGUUUUUUUUUUUUCCAAACAUUAUUUGAAUUCCUUCUUUUGGUUGACAGCAAGUAUCUGAUUGAUUGUGCAUUGUUUUGUAAUCGAUAAUAAUGAAGCGUAUAAUGUAUAGAAUGUAUUUGGAAGUGAGUUUUGUUAAGCUUUA